GACCCAUUCGUUAGCUAUCUUGAGCACUGAAGAACGAUGCAAGAGCCUCUAGAAACCCAAUAGACGAAAUCAAGGGACACAGAGUUGUCCAUGCCGUGAGAUUUGUUGUUGCUGUUGUCAAUCGACUUCCCAGCGGACUUGCCCUUAGGCCAGGGGAAACGACGGAGUUACCGGCCCGCCAAGACCCUGUCGAUCCAUCGCUCUGCGACACGCGACUUGGGAACUUUUGGAGGAGACUGAAGACACAAUUGCAUGGCAGCCGCAAUUGCCUCACACUGGUGAAUGAUGAAGUUCCGGAUAGCUACAGCAUGGCACACCCUCGCUGUUCUGCUUCUGCUGGGUGGAACAGCGCAGGCGUCUUUGGGCGACAGAUUGCCUGAUUUCAAGGACUGUGUACAGGUCUGUAAAGAAGCCAACUGCGGCCCAGAUGGCACGUCGAUACCCUUCCACCGCCGACUCCUUCUCUGGGACUGUCCCUCGGAAUGCGAUUACACAUGCCAACACAUUGUAACUGCCCAACGCCUCGCCCGCGACCCUCCAUACAUGCAGCCCAUCUACCAAUUCCACGGCAAAUGGCCUUUCUACCGCUUCAUGGGCAUGCAAGAGCCAUUCAGCGUCAUCUUCUCCCUCUUCAACUACCUUGCGCACGAUUGGGGCAUGUCGCAGCUCCGCGAUAAGAUUCCCGCCUCGUAUCCGCUGCGGAAAUACUACCUGUGGUUUGGAUACGUGGGUCUGGCGAGCUGGACGUUCAGCAUGAUCUUCCACACCAGGGACUUUGGGCUUACGGAGAAGCUGGAUUACUUCGCGGCUGGCGCGAAUGUCCUAUAUGGGCUGUAUUACGCGCCCAUUAGGGUGUUCAGACUGGACAGGAAGGAGCCAAGGAAACAGAGCUUGCUGAGGCUCUGGACGGGGCUUUGUAUCACCUUGUAUACGCUUCACGUCCUGUACCUCUCGCUCUGGUCUUGGGAUUAUACGUACAAUAUGGCUGCCAAUGUUGCCGUUGGCGUCGUAGCCAACUUGCUCUGGAGUGGCUUCAGUUACGUCCAGUACCAGAAGAUUGGGAGGACAUGGGCUGUCUGGCCUGGUCUGUGUGUUGCCUGGAUCAUCUUGGCUAUGAGUCUAGAGUUGUUGGAUUUCCCGCCUUGGAAGGGUAUGAUUGAUGCACAUAGCCUGUGGCAUCUGGGCACAGUUCUGCCGACUGUUUUGUGGUACAACUUCCUCGUCAGAGACGCUCAGGAAGACAUUGCAGGUACGCGGCUCAAGGACUGAACGACGCAAUCGCUCUCCGAAGAGACCACCAUCUGCCCGUUGUGUACGGCUCCAUCGCUUACCAUUUUCGUCUCCAGGAAAACUGCCCACUGCUGGUUAUGGUGCUGGUGCUGGUGCUUGGAAGGACAAGAACUAGUACCGUUCUCAGACGCUGAGUUGGAUAACGUCUAUGAUUUUGUGCAUUCGCAUAACACGAU